UUCGGGGGCGUUCCGCGGUUGAGGGGCUGUUUUGACCAUGGCUUAGGAGCAUUCUCUGGGCUCUCCUUUCAAGAGGCGGAAGGGAACUCUGCCCGAGAACAAGGUCUUCCUUUCACGCUGAGGAGGCCUCAUUCCAGGGAUCCGGUCUGACUCGGAUAAGCCCCAGCCAAGUGCCUACUUCGCCCUGGAAACAGCACUGACAUCGCACUCCUGGCAGCGUGCCUUCACCUCACUGAGCUGGAAUCAAGAUACUGACUGAAACAAUUAUUUUAAAACUUGGAUGCUUUAGACAGUUUUGAAUUCCUUUAUCAAACGUUAGCACAUGAAAAUUGUAAGAAGUUGGAUGUAUAAGGUCUUCCAUGAUUGGCUCUCUGCACAAAUCUGAUUCUACUUUUUAUCCUAUAAUCAUGGACUUGUUUAUAUGACCACCUAAACCCAUAACAAAUCAACUGGCCAGUCUUCUCGUUUUUCUCGAAGAUUAAUUAGUUACACUGGAUAUGCUGCUCUUCUUUAUUUUGGGUGUGCUGGUGCAUUGUGUGUUCUUUGCCUCCAUCUUUGACAUUUAUUUCACGUCGCCUUUGGUCCAUGGGAUGACCCCUCGGUUCACCGCGUUGCCUCCUCCAGCAAGAAGGUUGGUGCUAUUUGUUGCUGAUGGCUUGCGAGCAGAUGCACUUUAUGAAUUAGAAGAAAAUGGAAAUACAAGAGCGCCUUUUAUUAGGAAUAUCAUAAUGCAUGAAGGCAGCUGGGGCAUAUCUCAUACACGUGUGCCAACUGAAUCUCGGCCAGGUCAUGUAGCCCUGAUAGCUGGGUUUUAUGAAGAUGUCAGUGCAGUUGCCAAAGGUGUUAUGCUGGUACUUCACCAUGUAUAUAUUACUAUUGUUACUGUUUGCUCUUUUUCUCAAUUACCUGAAGGAUGGAAAGAAAAUCCUGUAGAAUUUGAUUCCCUUUUUAAUGAAAGCAAGUACACAUGGAGCUGGGGAAGUCCAGAUAUCUUGACUAUGUUUGCCAAAGGUGCUAGUGGAAACCAUGUUUUUACAUAUAGUUAUGAUGCCAUCAAUGAGGAUUUUGGUGCUGAUGAUGUAACAAAAUUGGAUACCUGGGUUUUUGAUAAUAUUAAGGAAUUCUUCCAUGCUGCCAGAAACAACCAAUCUUUGUUUUCUAAGCUAAAUGAAGAGAAAAUUGUUUUUUUCUUACAUUUAUUAGGAAUAGAUACAAAUGGACAUGCUUAUCGACCAUCAUCAAGGGAAUAUAAGGACAAUAUUAAAAUAGUUGAUGAGGGAAUAAAAGAGAUUGUGUCCAUGUUUAAACAUUUUUAUGGAAAUGAUGGAAAAACAGCAUUUAUCUUUACCUCUGACCAUGGAAUGACAGACUGGGGUGCCCAUGGGGCUGGUCAUCCCUCAGAGACUUUAACUCCUUUUGUCAGUUGGGGAGCUGGAAUCAAGUAUCCCCAGAAAGUAUCAGCUCAGCAAUUUGAUGAUACAUUUUUGAAAGAAUGGAAAUUGGAGAACUGGAAAAGGCGAGAUGUCUAUCAGGCUGAUAUUGCACCUUUGAUGGCUUCUCUUAUUGGUGUACCCUUUCCCCUUAAUUCAGUGGGAAUCCUUCCUGUGGAUUAUCUUAACAACACUGAUCUCUUCAAAGCAGAGAGCAUGUUUACAAAUGCAAUACAGAUUCUUGAACAGUUCAAGGUGAAAAUGACUGAGAAAAAAGAAGUUACCUUACCAUUUUUGUUUACACCAUUUAAGUUGCUUUCUGAUUCUAAACAGCUCAACAUUUUAAGAAAAGCAAGAUCUUAUAUAAAACAGAGAAAGUAUGAUGAAGCAGUCUCCCUCUGCAAGGAGCUGAUUGAUCUUGCAUUGGAAGGAUUGUCCUAUUAUCAUACUUAUGACAGAUUCUUUUUGGGCAUCACUGUUGUUCUAGGUUUUGUGGGAUGGACAUCUUAUGCUUCUCUGUUGGUCAUCAAGUCUCAUUCCAGCCUUACCAGAGGUGUUAGUAAACAAGUUAAGCAUUAUUCCUGGCCCAGAGCACUUGGGCCUCCCAGCCCAUGGAAGCCACCACUGGCAACUUCCACUGAUGAGCUCCUUUCUUGUUUGCCAGGUGGCUGGGAAGACAAGAAACCAGGCCAACUCCUGCCAUGUAGUUUUGCAGCAAUUGGUGUUUCCAUAGCAUUUUUCCUGCUGAUUCAAGCCUGUCCCUGGACUUACUACAUAUAUUGUUUGUUACCAGUGUCGAUAUGGUAUGCGGUUCUAAGGGAAUUUCAGGUUCUUCAAGACCUUGUCACAGCACUGUUGACCUUUCCUCCAAGUCGUUUCUUUGGCUACCUGUUAGUCUUUACUCUGGGAAUUGAAGUAUUAGUUCUCAGUUUUUUCUACCGCUAUAUGCUUACAGCUGGACUUACGGCAUUUGCGGGUUGGCCAUUUUUCACUCGGCUGUGGACUCGAGCAAAGAUCACCUCACUGAGUUGGAUUUUCUUCUCUUUGCUCCUGGCAGUGUUCCCUCUGAUGCCUGUUGUAGGACGAAAGCCAAACAUCUCUCUAGUAAUGGGUGCAGGCUUGCUGGUUCUGCUGCUAUCGUUGUUUGUUAUAACGUCUUUCAUAAAAAGAAAAGGCAGUUUUAUAAAUGAAGAGCUGUUGUUACAUCUGUUACAGAUGCUGAGCACAGUGCUUUCCAUUAGUGUUGUGUAUAGCACCCAUAAUAGUCUACUCAGGAAACAAGGACUGCCCCUUAUUAAUCAGAUCGUUAGCUGGAUAAUAUUAGCCUCUUCCUUCGUCAUGCCACUCCUGAGUCCUACAAGUCUCCUCGAGCGAUUGUUCAGCAUACUUCUUUCCUCGAUGUCAACCUACCUUCUUCUAAGCACCGGGUAUGAAGCUCUGUUUCCAUUAGCAUUGUCAUGUUUGAUGUUUGUCUGGAUACACAUGGAACAAGAAACCCUACUACAAUCUGGUGUUUCCUGUAAACAGAAGGUUACCAGUAUCCAGUUCGCUUGUCAUACUGAUAUAACCCAGUUUCGACAGCUCAAUCUGGAUGAUAUCCGUAGGGCCUUUUUCCUUGUUUUCUUCUUAGUAACAGCAUUUUUUGGAACUGGGAAUAUAGCUUCUUUAAACAGCUUUGAUCUGGCCUCUGUCUAUUGCUUUCUGACUGUGUUUAGUCCUUAUAUGAUGGGAGCCCUGAUGAUGUGGAAGAUUUUAAUCCCCUUUGUUCUUGUGAUGUGUGCUUUUGAAGCAGUUCAGUUAACUACCCAGUUAUCAUCAAAAAGCCUUUUUCUCAUGGUUCUCAUCAUAUCAGACAUUAUGGCUUUGCAUUUUUUCUUCUUGAUCAAGGAUUAUGGCAGCUGGCUUGAUAUUGGAACAAGCAUCAGCCACUACGUGAUCGUCAUGUGCAUGACCAUCGUUCUGGUGUUUCUCAAUGGCCUGGCACAGCUGCUCACGACAAAGAAACUCAAACUGUGUGGCAAACCCAAAAGCCAUCUCAUAUGAUGUUGCUGAGGUCAUCAUUCAGCAUCUGGAUCCUGUUUCUAAUUCUCCUUUUAAAAUGACCAAGCAUUCAAUAAGAAGAUGGAUAUUGAUGUAUAUCAUAUUCUGCUUCUAUAAAGAAAUUAUGUGUGGAAUUCUGAACUUAGGGGUUAUCUGGAAUAAAGGAGCUUCCAUUUUAUUUAGGUUUUAAAUGAAUGAAAUAGCGAUUAUAUCUGUGGAAAAGCAUAGUAAAGCAUUCUCCAUUCUCCUUUUUUUCCUUUAGUUGGCAGCUUGUCUCACUGAUGUUUCAAGAGCACCUGUAACAAUCUGGUCCCAACUGUGCAACUUCCCAUAUACACAAAGGAGAAUGUGCCCCUGUGGGGUAGUACUCAAGGAAGGAGAUCACCAGGUGGCUCCAUAAAUAUUUAUCAUCUCUCAGCCCUAGUUUUGCAAGUAGUUCUAACUACUAAAUGGUAACACUGGAAAAACCAUCACAAUGUAUUAUUUCCAGUUUACUAAAGCUUCAGUAGAAAAAAUGUCUGCAGGUUUUGUCAUUUUUCUUCACUGUGCAACAAUUCUAUCUUAUGCUUCUUGGUGCUAUUUCUAGGCUUUUCAUAGCCAACCAGCUAGAUGCAGGUUUUACUUUUAUGGGUUUUUUUUUUUCAUUUCUGGAUUCUCAUGGAAUUUCUGGAGAUAGAAAAGUAGAAAAUGCUUAGUAUUUGUGUCUUGUCCAGGUGAAAAAGUAUAAAAUGAUUAGCUUUUAAUUGUAGAUUCAAUGUCUGUUAUCCCCAUAGCUUUUAUCAUGCAUUGUUUCAACAAUUUUUUAAAUCAGUGGUUAUACUUUCUGACAAUAUCAUAAGAAUCAAUGUUAAAAUUGCUUUUCUUUCUGAUUGUGACAUUCUAGCCCAAAGGACUAAAAUCCUCUCAUUAAAUUUAAAUUUCCAGUUGUAAACUAAUUGUAGGGGCUGAAAUAUUUUGAGAGUAAUUUUUACUUGGAUUUUUCAUAAAGGGACUUUCACAUAUCACUGCCGAGUUGGCCUUUUGUCCACAGGGUGGCAGUAGAUUUUGGCUGAUGCUUAAGCUUUGCUGGGCUGAGUCCCGUUUUUGAAAAAUGAUUGCUUUUGAAUUGAGUUACAGCAUUACUAAUCACAUUAGUGAUGAGGAAGCCCUCUACAAAUUAAUAGAUUUUUUAAAUUGGCAGGUGAGUGAAGAAAUACAAUUUAGAAGAUUCAAAAAAUCAAUUUGGCAGAAUGUGCUUUCUUGAGCUCUAUUUAUGAUGGAGUACAGUUAUAAUCUAUUUGUGAUAGCACUUGAUGGUAUACCACUGAAAGCAUCAUAGCACAAAACAAGAAGGAAGUUUUGAUGUCAAUAUAAGACCUCAUGCAUCAGUCUGUAAUACCAAAACCUAGGUAGCCAGCUAAGAAACUGUUGUGGCAGAUGGUGACCUUGGCAGAUAGAGAACCUGUGAACUUCCAUGUUGUCUCAAAAGAUUUUUGAUCAGUUUUUCACAAGUCAGAGAAAACUGACUUUAUAAACACUUACUAUUUAACUCCUUUUAUAUUGAGUUUUAUCUUUCAUCUUAUCCCAGAUAUUUACACAAGAAUUAGUGAGUAUUUUAUUACAACAUUGUAAGAGGUGCUCUGUGCUUUACCUUUAUUUUGCUCUUCAAAGCAUAUCUUUUUCUUAAUAGUGUUUCAUGUCAGUGUGAGUUUACAAAACAGAAAUAUAUACCUGCAGUCACUGGCUCACCGUACGGUGCUGCAUUGCAACUGGACCCUUACAUGGCUGGGAAUGGAGUUUGCUGGCUGGGCCUUUUCUUUCGUACAGCUUAUCAAAUAUCUUAAAUUGUUUUGAAAUGCAUAUUUUUAUAUUGAAUGAGAGGAAAAAAUAAGAUUUGAGUAAAAUGUAUUUCUGUUUAAGGCAUUUACUUUCUCAUUCUAACUAUGAAUACCAGAUUUCCAAAUCAAGAGUUAAAAGACAUUUGCUGAUUAGCAUUUGUUUAUAUUAGGAAUUGCUGUAGGAAUUAAAGUGUCAUAUCACGUUGAGAAAAUUCUGAACAACAAAAAAAACCAUAGUAUGUCACAUGGACCAUGAAUACAUCUUGAAGGAAACUCUAGAUAUUUAGAUAACUAACUGUAGCCUGUCCAUAAUUUACCAGUGUUUUAAUUCUCAGUAUUAUUUUAUUUAGUGUGUAAUAUUUAGACCACAACAUGCUUUUUUGUUUCUUAGAGAAAUAAUGUUUUAAGUGGUAGUAUAUUUUCUCAAUCCCCUCAAAAUGAUUUAAGAAUGAUAAAACUGAACUACAUACCUAGAAAAAUCUAUCCAUCACCUAUGAUACUGUUUCUUAUGAAAAACUCAUUCCAAAUUUCAGCCAACUCAGCUAUCAGGAACAUGUGUGACCCUCACCUCUUCUCCUUACCUUUACACACAUGUUGCAGUAGGCCAGGGAUCCCUUUGCUCCUCUGCUUGUUGAUAUCUAACUGUGCCAUCAAAAAUGUAAUUUCUGAUUGAGUUGGCCCAGGGGCAAUGAGGGGCAUUGCAUGGGUACUGUCUCUAGAGACAGGCUAUAGCUGCUGCAGAGUCCGAGCUCUCCUGGGACCCCGUAUAUGCGCAAGUGUAUAGUGUGCUCCCUUAUAUACAUUAGUCACUGGUCAUGGGCAUGGAAGAGAAUGAGGUAAAUCAACAUCAUUUGGAGAGGACCCUCUUCAGGCAGUUUUGAACACUGCUUUCAGAGACCAGAGAUAACUUGGUCAUUUCUGAGCUUUCACAGUUGUUCUUUGUAUGUUGACAUUCUCUUCAUCCUCUGUAAAAUGCUUUGAAGUGGGAUUUUUAUGGCCUGUGCUUUCAGUACUAUGGUAAGAUCUUGUAGCAUGUUCCCAUUUCUGUAUCAGCAUGGUUUGUAAAAAAAGGUGGGUGGGAUUUCUGCACUUAACACUCAUUCUGUAAGAAAAACACUUGAGAAGUAAUGUCUCACUUAUUAAUUUCCUUAGGGACACUAAAACAUCACAGUUAUCGCUCAGCUCACCACCCUUGGAAGUACAAUAUUUACCUACAUGGCCGCAUUCAUCAAAGUAGGUUGCCUAGAACAUUGGUUCCUUAGAUACUAAUAGAUGUCAUGAUAAAAAGAGUUCCCCUGGUCAAAUGAACUUGAGAAAUACCUAGUCAAGCAAAGUGAAAUAGGUGUAUUUACUAUGGUACUUAGAGAAUUGAACUUGGUACAUGCAUGAGGGGGGAAGAUAGCAGUAUGCCAAGGAUUUCCACUUGCUUUGACUGCAGACCCACCUUAAAGUCUCCAUUGUGACUGGUAAACAUACUUCAGAAAUAAAUGUCCCCAUGUACUUCUGCACUUAAGACCUCAGUUUGUCACACUGUUUUCAAAAGGCGCAUUGUAUGCUUUAUUGAAUCUUCUUUCCUGAGAGCUAGAAAGCCAUUUUUCAUUCUAACCCUUAAUGUGGGAAACUUUAAAAUGUGCUAGCAAUUUUACCUGCCUCUGUAUACAGUAUGCCUGCCUGUCAUCAUUGAGUCUCUCACAUGGGAACCAAUACCACCAGAUCGGCUUCCAGUCACCACAGAUACCAGACUGCCCUGUCAGAAUCUGGACUAAGUCUUCAUACCUGAUAUUUUAUAUCCUUUACCAGAAAAACUAGUUCACAAAAAUAUUGGCUUGUUUUCUUGUGAUUUGUUACAAAAGAAGGUAGUUAUUAGUUAAACUUUUGUGCAUUUCUUGGUUUUUCUUUUUUACUUAUUUCUCUUCCCCUGGUUUCUCUCUUCUCUACUCAUGUCACUCCCCUCUCUUCUUCACGUUAGAACUCAGUAUGUAUAUGAAUAUUUUUCUUCGGGGAUUAGUUUCCGUCAGCUCUUAGAUUCAGUGUAGAUAACAGUGGGAGUGUGUAGUGCUUGGCUCUACCGCUGUCUGCCUGGCAUUCUCCCUUCUGGAGAAAUGGCCUCCAUUUCUAACUGUAUGUCUGGCAGGAGCCAAAUGGUUUUUAUGACUUGCCUCACCACAUUUGACUUCCCUUCACAUUUGGGUGCAUGCACCUCGGAGCCAAGCUGGGCCAAUUGGAGUUAUUUGCAAGAUUUUUAAGCUGGAAAGGCAAGUAAAUUUCCAAGAUGCAAAGUUCAGGAGCUCUUGAUGGUAUGAAACUGUGACAAGAUACCUCGUUAUCUUGCAAACAGAGUCACAUCUCAAACCCUUUUGCAGUUUCUGAGUUGACAUGUACCACAAUUUAUCCAUCUUUUAAUGAGCAUUUGGGUUUUUCCAGUUUUUAUUAUGAAUAAAGCUGCUAUAGACAUCUGUGUAUAAUUCUUUGUAUGAGCAUAUAUUUCCUUUUCUCUUGGAUGAAUACCUAGGAGUGGAAUGGCUGUAUCAUAUAGUAGGUGUAUGUUUAUUUUUUUAAAUAAAUUUUCAAACUGGA